UUACGCUGUUUUAAGUUGUGCAAUUCGAGCUGGCACACCAAGACAUGUGUAUGGCGGCGCGAUCUCAAAACACAAGAUAACAACAUCACCGAAAAUUAUGUCAAAUAAUUGCUAAAAACUGAUAUCAUUUUCACAGGUACAGUGUUUUGUUUAAACUAAACAUUUCAGAAUGUACACCCCUCGAAGCAGCAGCUCUAAAGGCAAGUACACGCCGUUUAGCACAGGUCGAGUUGGUCGUACGGGAAGUGGUCUUGGUUCUGCUUCAUCGCGACGAAGCAGUGCCGGGAUUUUCGCCGGUGGCACGGGUGCGAGACGGUCGCCGUUCGCCUUCACUUCCGGUGCAGGAACAAGGAGUCCAGCUUUUGGGAAUCGUUCUAUCCUACAAACCUCGGUGAUUGCAGAGACGGCUCACUACGUUGUGGAGAACUAUGGCUCCUCUGUACCUGUACUCAUCACAGAGGCUCUGGCUAUGGCUGACCGUUCAACCAGUGUGAGUGUGCAUAUCCAUCCAUCAGGCUGGGCAUGUGUUGUAUGUGGGAGGAGACUCUUUGUGUGGAGAUACAAACACACUCAUAUUGCCAAGGCCACUUUCUGUAAGGAACUGUCUCUUCCUCCAAGUGAGCUGUCCCACAAAGCAGACCUUGUCUGUCUGAUUCCUGCCUCCAGAGACAACCAGAGUGUCACCGUCAUGGCAGUGUCUCCAGAGGGAAUCAUCAGAUACUGGCCCAAUAUCGCCAGUGAGGGCACUUACUCAGAGAGCAGUGCAGACCUGAAUGGUGAAGAGUGUUUCUCGUUGACACAGUUUGAGCCGUAUGGAUGUAUCCUGGCAACCACUACUAACCAGCUGUUACUACUCACCCUAGCUGGAUCUAACACACAGAACGUAGUGAGUUGUCAUCCAUUGAAGCCAUCUCAAGGAAUGUUUGCAAGGGUGUCAUCUCUAUUCUUUGGCUCACAGAGACCGCAGUCUUCUUCUACAUUGCAGAGAGUGCUAGCUGGAGGGGAAGAGGAUGGACAAGGAGUCCUCUUGGUUCUUGAAGAAGAUGUCUUGCAGAAAUGGCUUGUCACUGAACCUGGCUCAGAAAAGGUGGUUAUGGAGAUACAACUUGGUAGCAUGAUCAAGAAGCAGUUUGCAAGAGAAUUGGGCUCUUCAGCUGUUGACAGUAUUAAGGCAUGGAUGCUGGAUGUUCAAAUCGUGAGUGAUGGUGCCCUACUUCUAGUGGCUGCAAUGAACUCGGCUGUCUCCAAUCCAAUACUGCAUUAUGCACUUGCUACUGUUCCAUUAAGCUCAAACGCAGGAGCAGUUCCUGAGCAACUGAAGUCAUUCAAGAUGCUAUCACUGUCGGCCCGUUACCAGAUAACUGAGGAGGAAUCCCUUCUGGACUACCAUCUCUUACUGGCAGCUCCAAGCAGCAUCACGUGCCACAUCUACUCAAGGAAAACAGUCAUCUGCUGCCUAGGAAUAGCUGAGAGUAAUUCUUCUUUUGAAAAUGUGGAUUUCAACCAGCCAGGCGAUGGUAUUCUGGGUGCAGGAAGCUGUGACAGCACCACUCUGUUCUUCACCAACAACCACGGUCUGGUAACUAUCUCCACCACCCAGCAGGAGCCUAGUUUCCUGCAAGAUGUUUCUUUAGCUGAUCAGAGUCUGCGUCUGGACCAGUCUUUGAUCGCCGAGUCUCCUGCUCAACCUGUAGACGUCAGCGUGUAUGGAGAUGACAAGAUGCAAGGUCUAAAGGCAGCUUUCCUUCAAGCGUGCAGACAGAAUUUGAGCCAGGCUGAAGCUAUAGUUGAAGAGCUGUUCCCAGCAGCCUCUACAUCCAGCAUGGAGACAGGUUCAGCCAUUGACCUCGCUGUGGCUAAACUCAGUCAAGAGGUCAUUGAUGAUUUCCCUGCGUCGGAUCCCCGAUGGGCUGAAUCUAUACCACAGGACUCUGCCUCAGCAACCAGUUCGCUGAUUCUUCUACACCAGCUGGAAGAUAAGAUGAAAGCCCAUGAUCAUUUACUCUCCUUCUUACAGAAUGUGGGUGUGUGGGACAGGCUUCACUCUGUGAUUGUGAGGGAAUGCCCUCUGGUAACUCAUCUGUUGCUAUGUGAACAUGCCGAGAAGUUAGCCGCUGCGAUGGCUCUACGCAGUCACCACACAAUGUUCCCUAACCUUGUAGAUGGAGCUAUAAGUAAAGUACUUGAUAUGCGAGGUCAGAAGUACACACCAUCUGGGUUGACUCCACAAGAUGUCUUCUACAGAGAGGUGUCUGGAAUCCAUGAGAUAAUCGGUUGUCUGGUCGAGCAAGAGAAGGACAUUCUAUCAUCUGAACUCGCACCCUCUGAUAUAGUGUGCAGGAUCAGUAACAUCAACAUUAUUAUACAGGGAAUGAUAAAGGAUGCUUGGCAUCUACGCCAAUCCAAAGCGCUGGUCUAUCAGUCGCAUGGCUCAUCUCUUCCCACAAUGCAGUAUAUUCCCUGGACAGCAUCUACUGGACCAAAAGGCAUCAGAAUGCUCCUGACACAGCAGCACCGUGUGACCAUCGAGCGAGGCAUUCCAAACAGCGAAGACAUUCAAUCCCGGGGCGCCCUCUAUCAGCAGAUUAUGGAGCUGACGGAUCUGAUCCUUGAGGGUUACGUAACACAGUUGGACUCUAUCAGCUUGAGUAGUGGUGAAGAGAACGCCCAGUAUGAGGAACUAGAACAGAAAUACCACCAAGAAAGAUCCGCUCUGAUUAAACCAUUGAUCGACCAUGGUCAAUACGAGAGAGCCGCAUCCCUUGGUGAGAAGUAUUGUGACUUUGGGAUCUUGGUGUCUCUCUGUGAACUAACUGAGAAUGAAGAGAGACUGCAGAGAUAUAUGAACCAGUUUGCUACUAAGGGGUUUUCUGAUUUUGUGUUCAAGUACUACAUGGACGAAGGAAAGCGAAGUAAGCUGUUGUCUCAACCAUUCUCUCAACACGCUGAGCUGAGUGAAUUCCUUCAAGCUCAUGACCAUCUCAGCUGGUUACAUCAUCUUCAAGUCAAUGACUACUCUAAGGCCCAAGAAACACUGAAGAGGUUAGCUGCCAAGGAGACAUUGUCAGUAGCUAAGAAGAAGACGUUGUUGAGUUUGAGUAAGCUGAGUGCCCUAGCUGGUGAAGCAUCAGACACAGAAUUGGAAGAUAUCAAUACUGAGUUGGAUAUCAUUCUUCACCAAGAACUAUUACCAAGGGAUCUGGUUCAGUCGAUGGAGUUGUUUAAUAAAGAAGAGGACUUACCAGUGUUGGAUCCAGAGCAACUUAUUUGGUUGUACAUCAGUAACAACAACACCAACUCCAAUGAAUAUGAUUUUAAGAAGGCCCUUGAUCUCCUCAGAUACAUCCCAGUGGAUGAUGAGAAGUAUGAGCAUCUGAGAUUGAGUAUUUGGUGCAAAGUUAUUCUGAAGAAUGAUUGGUCCGCGGUGCAAGGCUCGGGGGUAGAUCCUCUGCAGAACUAUGAGGACACAAUCUUCUUCAAGACGGCAAGAAUGAUUCUGGAUUCAAACGAUGACCUGCAGUACUAUCUGCCCAAUAUGGACGACCUUCUCAGCAGUCAGGAGUUAACACCUCUGCAGAGUAACAGCAACUUCCAGUACAUAUUGCGGGCUGGAUACGAACAGAUGCAAAGGAUGUAGUGUGGAUUGUCCUACUUAUUACCGUCAACACACCGUCAACACACCGUCAACAGCAACUUCCAGUACAUAUUGCGGGCUGGAUACGAUCAAAUGCAAAGGAUUUAGUGUGGAUACGACAUGCACGGAGUGAACUUAUCGGACAUGUCCGGACUGUGCAAACACGUCCUACUAGUUACUGUCAAUACACCGUCAACACAUCGUCAACAGCAGCUUCCAAUAUGAGCUGGAUAUGAACAAAUGCAACGGAUUUGAUGUGGAUACAACAUGCAUGGAGUGAACAUAUCAGAAAAUUCUGCACUGUGCAAACAGGUCAUAGUAAUGACCAUCAAUACACCGUCAACAGCAACUUCCAAUACAUCUUGCGGGCUGGAUACGAACAAAUGCAAAGGAUGUAAUGUGGAUACAACAUGCAUGGAGUAAACAUUUUGGACAAUUCUCAUCUGCAAACCGCUCCUACUAAUGACCGUCAACACACCGUCAACACACCAUCAACAGCAACUUGCUGAACAAACGCAACGGAUGUAAUGUGGAUACAACAUGCAUAGUAUGGAGUAAACAGGUCCUACUAAUUAUUGUCAACAUGAACAGUAACGUUGACACACCGCAACACUUCCAAUAUACAUUUAAAAACAACAAACGAGGCAUAGAACUAUAAUGGGCUGAAGUAGAAUCUUCAUUCGUUUGAGGUUACAUUUUAGUUAUGAAAAUGGAGGUUUUUUUCACGCAGAAUAGUUAAUGUCUAAGCAGCUUAGCCAUUGGCCUGUGCUUUUUUUGCAGCGUUUGUACUACAUGGUCAACAGAGGGCGCCUUGCUGCAGGUUGCUGGUUAUGGAUUAGUCUUGGCCCAAGAUGUCAGUGAGCGAUAGCGGAUAACGAUUUACAACAAGCCCAUUUCAUACUAUGAUAAGAAUGCGAAUGCGAUAAGAAUUUUGAUGUCACUGGUUGUUUUUUUAGCAGAGAAUGUUUCGUAGGCGUUGAGCAUAAGUAGACUGAUGCGAAUUAUUCGUAUUGCAUUCGCAUUCGCAGGAAGUAUGUACUGGGCUUUAUCUAUGACCCUACCGUUAACUUGCAACAAAACAGUCGAUGCAUAAUCAGGUUCCAUAUAUUUUUUUUUCUGAAAAACCUUUGCUGGCUCUUUGUUUAGCAGAAACAGGUUGUUGGCCUUAUGGUCAUUUGUGUACUGGAAAUGUUUCCCAUUACGCCAUUUGUAAAGAAAAGCUUCAAAAAAGGUAUCUCCCUGAAAUUUUGUUGAUGACUUAAAAGGAUUAGUGUGGGCUCUCAUUUUUGUGUAAAUUCUGCAGUCUGAAGUCACACCUACAAUAAUACAAUCAAAAAUGGGAGGUUACAAUAGACAAACAAGGUGCUUGAAAGUUUUAUUUAAAUUGCUUCAUUAGUUACAGUGGCCUUUUUGAACUUCUAUUAUUAAUUAAUUUCUCCGAGCACAAAAUGCUAAAAAUCUUAGGUUACAAAUAACUCCAGGCCUCAACAUUUUUAAUUGAAUUUUGGCAAAUCAAAUUUACAUGUAGUUCUUGAUCAAUCUUUAGCUGUGUUGAAAUGUUUGGUUAUUACAGUCAAAGUUGGUUCCCUUUUAGGAUGGUAGUUGUUAUACUAAUCCAAUGUCAUCUUUGUUAUCAUUUAUCGGCAAACAUGUAGUGAGAAAACAUCACUAUUCGCCAUACUUAAACUGUUAACAAAAUUGCGACGUUUGUGUGAAUUCGUCAAGUGUUUUUCUCAGAGCUUUUGGUUGAUACAACAUUAGGUGUUUUAAACACUCAUCAACUUUGUUGUUUAUCAAAGUUGGUCAAAAACAAGUUCACAUGUAGCCAUUUUGUUAGUUGACUACAUCUGAAUGUCCGAAUUGCAGCCCCAUGGAAAGCAAGGGGGAAAUUAGUGGCCAUUACAAAACUUGUUUCUCGCACCAGCACAUCAUCAUCUGGAUAGAAGUCGUCAACAUCUGUUGAGUUAGGAUCCCAUUGGAACAAUCGUCGACAACUCUUGGCACCACCAGUGCAGCUCGGUUGCAAGACAACAAUCGGUGAAAUCUUAGGCCCUUGAGGGCAUCAGUUCAUUUAAGCAAGCAACAGUUACCUUCUGCUCAACACUUGCAUCUAAAACAAAGCGCAAAAUUGCGUCUAGCUCGUUUAUGUUUUGCAAGACAUUACAACAUUGAAGUAGACACUAGGAGUACAUGAUCUAAUUGAACUUCACUGAACAGAGAACAUAUCAACCAUUGCACUCGGGCCUUUAGAUCAUCACAAGUUCCAGGUGGCCGAGGGGGUCCACCGACAAGAACAGGUGUUGGCACAACUCUGCUUUUUUGGGGGCCAAAUUUUUUAAUAAAAAAUUGAACAUGA